ACCACCAGAAACCCAUAGCCCGAACCCGAUUUGCGCAGAAAAAACAACACUGUAUUUGUUAAUUAUUGCCGGUCAAAAUGGUCAAGGAGACGAAGCUCUACGACGCAUUAGGCAUAUCCGAGACCGCGACGCAAGAUGAGAUCAAGAAGGCCUACCGCAAGUCAGCGCUGAAGUGGCACCCCGACAAGAACAAGGACAACCCGCAAGCUUCGGAGAAAUUCAAAGAGUGCUCCCAAGCUUACGAGAUUCUUUCCGACCCCGAGAAGCGCAAGACGUACGAUCAAUAUGGUCUGGAAUUCAUACUCCGCGGCGGCGUGCCACAAGAAGAUACCGGGGGCCCUGGAGGCAAUCCAUUUGCAGGUGCUGGAGGUGCUGGAGGCUUCCCAUUCACCGCAUCCGGCGGCAUGCCUGGCGGCACACGAACCUUCCACUUCUCGACAGGCGGCGGCGGAAACGGAUUCAACUUCUCAAACGCCGACGACAUCUUUGGAGAAUUCAUGCGCAACAGCGGUGCCGGCGGCGGCGGCGGCGAUGACUUUGACUUUGGCGGUUUCGGCAUGGGUGGAAUGCCUGGCGGAAUGGGAGGCAUGGGCGGCAUGGGUGGUAUGGGCGGCAUGGGCGGCGGCGCAGGCGUAAAAGGCAGUCGAUUCCGAGGCGGCCGACGAGCACCAGAACCCGAAGUCACAGUUGUCGAAAAGCCACUGCCAGUCAGCUUAGAAGAGCUGUACACCGGUACCACCAAGAAGCUCAAGAUCAAGCGCAAGACGUACGACCAGAGCACGGGCAAGCAGAGCACACAAGACCGGAUCCUCGAGGUGCCAAUCAAGAAGGGAUUGAAGCCGGGAAGCAAGAUCAAGUUCUCGGAUGUUGGUGACCAGGUUGAGGGCGGAACACAGGAUUUACAUUUUAUUGUGUCCGAGAAACCUCACGCCAUGUUCACCCGCGAAGGCGACGACGUCAAGCAUGUCAUCGAGCUCGACCUCAAAGAAGCCCUCACAGGCUGGCGCCGCACUGUACAGACAAUCGACGGCAAAUCACUCAGUGUCGGCAGCGGCGGUCCUACAGGUCCCACCUGGACAGAACGAUAUCCCAACCUGGGCAUGCCCAAAUCAAAGAAGCCAAACGAGCGAGGAGACUUCAUUGUUGGCGUCAAGAUUAAGUUCCCAACCAGCUUGACACCUGCACAAAAGGAAAAGAUCAAGGAAAUUCUGUAAAGUGGUGGGCCCUGGAUCAUUCUCAUUCUAGUAUAUCUUUUUUGUCUUGUUAUUUUGCUUGGUAUUAUACAGCUCGUACUGAGCGGCGGGCGCUGGGUGGAGUUUUGCUAACUUUUACGACCUUGGAUGAAAAGGCCUGAUGAAAGACAUACUGGUGCAGAAACUAGUGGAUGAACUACGAAGUAACGCGUCUACGAUAGACGAAUCUAUGAAUUGC